CGAGAAUCUCGAACAGCUACUUCACUCGGAACAACUGUUGAUAUUUUGUGUACGGAUUCGGCUGGUGGCUCAUCAAGAAGAUGGUUCCUCGCAUAUUAAUAAUUAAUAUUUGCCUUCUUUUAGUGUUACUGCUUGUUGUUGAUUUGUCAGAAUGUAGAGGUGGUCGUGGUGGUGGAAGAUUUGGAGGGAGUAGGUUUUCCAGGUCCACACGAACAAGGUACUCACGAUCCAGUAGAUAUAGGAGUGCGAGGUUUGCUGUUGCAAGAACUAAAUACUCUAGUCAUCGACUAAGUUCUCCAUCUCUGAAGCAGGCUGCUAUCAUUGGUGGCACAGUCUAUGGAGCUAGAUUAUGGAUGAGGAGGAGCACUUACAGGUCAAGGCACACAUAUCCUGAGGUUUGUUACAAUGAUGUGUAUGAAGGUAAUACUACCCAGCGUUACUACGGUAGAUUUGUCUGUCCUGCAUACGGAGAUCCUGAUGACUUUGCUUAUUGCUGUGGAGAUAUUGGGAUACAGACCUGUUGUAAAUUCUUUGACACAAGUAGUCCACAAGGAGCUGGCAGGACGGCCGGUGUAGUCAUUGGUGUAUUGAUUGCAGUAGGUAUUGUUGGUGUUCUGGCAUACUGCUGUUUCAAGAGAAGGAAGUCUUCCCAGGGAGCAAUACUCUCUACAAGAACUCCAAAAAAGCAGGAAUAUGCACUACAUGGCAUCAGUGCAACAGAUGAGUCAGCCAAGCCCCUACAACCAAUGCCAGAUUAUUCAUCUCCUCCAAUGCCGACUACUAUGCCAUAUGGAGUUCAACCAUCAGCCAAUGGUGGUCCACCACCUCAUCCACCAAGUUAUGGAGAUGCCAUGAACAACCCCUAUCCGGCUGAACCUUGUUCUGAUCCAUGGUACAAACCCCCCAUGCCAACUGAUGAUGUGAACACUGGAGGUAACGUGCCGUAUGGUAUUAACCCAGAACCUGCUCCAGGAUAUGGACCAGACAGCAACAUGCCCUACAGCUAUCCACCAGCACCUGAAGGAGAGACACCAUACCCAGGUCCAACAGGUGGCGCUGCACCUUAUCCAUCUCCUACUCCAGCAGGGGGCUUUGUAGCACCCUAUCCAUCAGCACCAGCCGAUGCAGCCUAUCCAUCAGCACCAGCCGAUGCAGCCUAUCCACCGCCAGCAGGAGCAGCCUAUCCACCGCCAGCAGGAGGAAAUAAUUAUCCACAGUAAUAACCGUAGGCUGUUUAGAUAGUGCUGAAUGUUUAAAAAAGCUUUUUGUGUAAAUUUAAAAGCUUCACAUUGAAGUAUUUAGCUAAUGCCUUAUGUAUAUUGAAAUCACUUGGCAAAGUCCUUAUUUUGCAUGCUUUUAUCAUGAAAGGUUCUUUUAUAUUACUGGUAAUCAUAUAGUUUUGUGACUGAUAUUUUCCUUAUUUUAUGAGUACAAUGUAAUAGAAAAAGACUAAAAGAUUUAUGAUGCUUAGUAAAGAAUUCAAACUACCUUUAAUGAAAAGAGUAAGGGUUGGAGUUAUUACCUCCACUUAAUUGUUGACUAUACAUUUUUAUUUAAAAAAUUAAAUAAUCAUAAGCUGUCUUGAAAUGCAAAUCCUAUUUGUGUGAUGCUUAGAAAGAGAUAGAAAUGUUGGUUUUCCACCAUUUCUGUCUGGUUUGGUUAUUUUUUGUAGAAAUGAUUUGUAUAUCCACAACAAGGUAUGAUUAUUCUCUCAUGAUAAUACAAAGCUUUAUUAUUUGAAAAAUAAGAUUUUUUAAUUUAUUGAUAUAAAGUUUUAAAUUAUAGAUAUGGUCUAUAUAUUCUAUGACCCUGACCUCAUUUUAUUACAUGAUAAAUGCUUAAAGAGAACACAUUGUAAAUGUCACAAAUAAACUUCAAAUAAACUUCAAACAGUCACAAAUAACAUACAGUAUGCGUGAUGUUCUUUUUAUGCAUAAAGAGGUUCAUUGUUUUUUUCAAAAUCAUGUUGAUUUUAAGGGUAUGUUGAGUAUGACUAACACAUUAUAUAAGUCAGAUACUGUUGUCAAAGUUUUCUACCUAAAAUAUACUUAAUUUUAUGUUGUGUCUCGAGAUACAGUUGUGCCAUAAAAUGAUGCGCAAACAUAUUGGUCAUUUAACAGUAUGUGAUUAAUGAGAAAAAUCUUAUAUUUAUUUCGUUAUUUUCUUAGUUAUUGAAUAAAAAAUGGAUCCCACAUUAACGCAAACCCACAUCCAUUAUUUGUACUUAAUAUAUCAUUAUGCAAUGCGCAAAGUUUUCUGUUUAGUACAUGUAUAGUUAUUAGUGUAGUAUCUAGUUAUUUAUAACUAUUCCAUUUUUCAUACACAGAAUAUUUUAUUCUUAAAAUUGUUUUUUUUAAGGUUUUUGGAGAAUUGUUAUUGUUUUUACAUGUUUUUAUCAGGUAGCAUUGGCCUCCUGUAUUUUGUUUCAAUGGUUGUUUCAACAAGGAGAUGUUUAUUUUCAUUGGUUGGUUCACUUUUUAAAUAAAAAUGUGUGUCUAUUUGCUUGCUAAAGGAUCAACUCAUAUGUCAGCUUUUUCAAAAAAUAAUGUGAAAAUAUAAUUGGUUGGUUGUUCGAGGAAAAACUUGGAAUUAUUGAGUUUUAGAAUUCUAAAUAAAUGGAGUUUAUGUAUAAUUUUCUAUUUCCAAAAUAUUCAAUUUUUUUACAAAAUUAAAAAUUAAAUUAUUAGGAAUGAGUAAUUAUAUACUCUACAGAACAGGCCUUAUUUGGGCCAUACAUAAGUGUUUAACUUUAUUGUGCAAUUAAAGUGAAAUGUGUUUGUGUUUUGCAUGUUAUUUUAUCUGAGUAUAAAGUAAACAGCUAUCAAUAAAUGAAUCUGAAUACCAUAGAUAUUGUUGUAUUUAUGUUAUAUAUAUAUAAAUAUUUACUUAUUGUCCAUUCUCUAAAAUUGGUUUGAAAUGAAUAGAGUUGAAAUAUGAUGUUACCUUUUAAAAUUGCAGUUGUUAAAAUUAAACAAAA